AUGGGAUUCUACGGUAUGAGAUACUUCACUUCUUGCUUGGAAGCAGAGAUAUGGAGUAUUCACAAGGGAUUGGAAAUUAUCCGGGAAAGGAAGCUAGCGAAUGUAACAAUCGAAUCGGACUCCCUCACAGCAGUAAACUUGAUCACGGAAGGCAAUCCGAACCAUCACCCUCAAAGUGUGAUGAUAAAUGAAGCCCACUACCUCAUGGCCCAGACCAACACCUCGAUUGGCCACACCUACCGCUCGGCCAACCAAUGUGCAGACCACCUUGCAAGAAUGGGAGCUGAACAUACAGACGAGCUCGUGUUUGUCAUGGACAUGCAUAUUGCUAUGAGAGAAUUUGUCCUGCGAGAUAGCCUGAACAUUCGGCAAGUGUUAGACUAG